AUGGGGGGAUUCACAUCGCACGAGUUGUUGGCUUAUCAAGAGCGGGAAGCUUCCUCCGAAACGGACUAUCGAGGAUCACUGCGGAUGCUCACGGGUAUGCUAACACGGCAGCAUGCCGCAAAGAAACACCGUGGUAAACUGCUUGUAUUGGGACUGGAUGGUGCCGGCAAGUCGACGCUAGUAAACCAUCUUUCACGAAUCUCCAUCGGCGAAGACAUGAGUAUUUACACUAACAAAGGUAUUGAGUUGCCUUCCUACUUGUACCCGGAUCCGACGCGGACACUACAGACUGCAAGUUAUCGAGUGGAUAAUAGCGACAGAUAUUUGCUGCUUGUUGAUCUACCCGGUCGUCGUACAUGUCGAGCUAAAUGGUACAGCGCCACCAACGACUUGUCUACUUUCAGUGACAACAGCAACAACCUCAACAACGUUGCUCCUACUGCAGUUGCCAACAAUUUCCAAGCUUCUCUUCCUAUUGUCGCCGUGCUGUUCGUUGUCGAUGUAUCGGACAGCCCUCGUUUCCCUAUCGUCGCCACGGAACUCGUCCGCUUACUCAAACACAAAUCUAUGCACAAAUUCCUGGCGAAUACACAAAUUUUCCUCGUAUUCAACAAAAUCGACCAAUUUUUACCUUCACUACCGUCUGAAACCCCAGAAGAACCGGAAUCCAAAGAGUACCAGCAACUUCUUAACAAACACAAACAACAGCAACGUGCUAUGAUACGUGAAGCCCGUCGAGAGCUCCGGAAAUGUGUCGACUAUGAGCUGAAAAUGGAUCAACGACGUCAUCCCGUUAACGUGGGAGCUUCAACUGCAGCCGCGUCGUCUAAAUCAAAGUCCCUAUUCUUUGCAGCCCCUGCUGCUGUGGCUGCUGAGCUGGGACCCGCAAGUAAUCAAGGGAGGCGUAAUAGCGCUUCAACUGCUGCUAAUUCCUCGGCUGUGUCCUCACUCUUCACGAAUGUCGUUGAGUGUUGUGCCCAAGACCGAGACAGCGUCCGUGCGAUGUGUGGUUGGCUCAAUGAGGAGCUUAAGAAGGGUCCUACCACAUAUUAAUCGUUUUUUUAUUCGUCAUCUGAUUCA